CCGGGACUGAGGUGGCGGUGGUUCCCGUUAGUGUCCCCUCGGGCGGGCGUCCUUCCUGGGUCCGCCUGGUGCCCGCCAGCCUGCUCGCUGGCCUGGAGGACGGUGGAGGGUGUGGCCAUGCUGCCGGGCGCUGGGAACGCUCGGGCACAGGGCUUUUUGAAAAAGCAUUUUGCAAUCGUCAGUGUAGCUCUGGUUGGUCCGAGACGACUGUGAGUUCGAGAGCAGGCUGGCCUCGAAUUCACAGAGCUCUGCCUGCCACUACCUCCUGUGCUGGGGAUUAAAGGCGUUAUUAUUCUCCGCGUCAUGGCCUCGUCCCAGAGUCGGCAGCGGAGGCCGGGGACCGUGGUGCCUGGAGAAGCGGCGGAGACCGACUCGGAGCUGUCUGCGACCUCAUCGGAAGAGGAGGAGCUGUACCUGGGUCCCUCGGGCCCGACGCGCGGCCGCCCUACGGGGCUGCGUGUGGCCGGGGAGGCGGCGGAGACCGACUCGGAGCCCGAGCCGGAGCCCACGGCCGCGCCGGGCGACCUGCCCCCGCUGGUGGUGCAGCGCGAGGCGGUGGAGACGUGGGGCUCUGAGGAGACCCCUGUCGUAGCGCCUCCGCGCUCGCUGCUGCAGCUCCGGCUGGCGGACAGCCAGAUGCGCCUGGACCACGACGUGGCGGCGGCGGUGAGCGGCGUGUACCGCCGUGCCGGCCGCGAUGUGGCCGCCCUGGCCGGGAGGCUGGCGGCUGCCCAGGCCACCGGGCUGGCGGCCGCCCACAGCGUGCGCCUGGCGCGCGGGGACCUCUGCGCGCUCGCCGAGCGCCUGGACAUCGUGGCUGGCUGUCGCCUGCUGCCGGACAUACGAGGGGUGCCCGGCAUCGAGCCGGAUGAAGACCCGGGACGGAGAGCCUAGGCUGACUCCUCGUGCCUUCCCCCUCACUCUGCCACUUGGUGCCACCGGUGGCAUCAGACUCUUUGAUCCUGGGUCACCAUGGCCUCCAAUGUAAUUGGUUUAUGCCGACAGGAGCCGAGUCCUGGCUACGUCGUUGGUUUGGCCCAAUUAUAUUCUUAGCACAAUUCGGGGAUUCCUCAUCCCCAAGACUCCGUGGCUUAGCCCUCACCCCUUCACUCCUCCCUAACUCCGGCUUUCCUUUUAGACUGGGCUGGGCUUUGCUUGCUUUGGUGGACCAUCCCUGGGUUUAGGAUGGGGGUGGCGGUGGCGCCCUCCAGUUUACAUCCCGCAAAUGAUGACCGCCUUUGACCCAAGGAGACCUACACCACAGCGCUGUGGCCUGAUGCAGACCAAGCUAGGCCACAGUGAAGCCCAUCUGACCCCAUCGGGCGCUUGGCCUGGGCCAGCGACCCCUGGUGUUCUGGUCGCUGUAAGACAUGACCAGAUACAAACAGUGACUUUCUGGAUGCUUAAAUGGACUCAGCUUUCUGACCUCUGUGGGCACCGCGGGUAACAGUUUCUUUUUGCUGGUUUGGCUCCUGGCUUUUUAA